AUGGAGCCCGCGCAAAUUAUAGCGUCUGUGAACCAGCGAAACACAGAGUUAGAGAACCAAGUUUAUCAAGUUCUUAGCAAGCUUCAAGAAACUCAAUACCAACUUUUCGAAGCGCGUACGCUGAAUGGCAUUUACGAAUAUCAACUCCAAGCCCAAAGUUCUCAGACAAUCAUGGCUAAUGAGACAAUCGUCAAUCUCAACCAUCAUAUCUACUGUCUACAAUCCAACAUUGCAUGUGUCCAAAAUCGAUUAGAGCAAGAACAGCAGGCUUACCAGCAGGCAACUGCAUUCUUCCACCACCGAACCGCUGCCGAGAACUGGUCAAGAAUCCAAUGGCGUCAGGGCGCUGUGAGCCUUAAUACUGGAGCAAAGAGUCUUCACCAGAGUGCUGUCACCAAGACUAAUGCUGGAGUCACAAAUGAUGAACCAACAACAGAGCUGAUCAAAAAAAUAAAAGAGAUGAAGUCGAGUGCUCUGCUAAGGGAAGUCCAGCAUAACGAGCUCAAGCGUGCCUUUAGAAGCGAUAAAGAACGACUCGAAGAGAUAAAUCAUCAACUUGUUACAACGAAUAACAAACUUCGCUUAGAGGCCAAAAACAGCAUGCGUGCUGGUCGAACGGUUCAGAAAGAAAAACAACGCCUAGAAAAGCUUGGAAAUACCGCUCAUAUGGCAAGAGAGCUGGAGGAAGUAGAAAAGCAGUUGAGCAAGACUAUUGGGGAGAUGGAGAGACUUCAAAGCAAACAUCAAGCUGCACUCGCUAAAGCUGAGGAAUUCCGCUUAAAGGCCGAGUAUCACAAAGAAAAAGACAAGAGUUCGAUGCAAGUGGUAACCAAGCUGAAAAAAGAGGUUAGAGACUUGCAAAACGCCGAGAGAGAAAAAGGAUACUUAGCAGAUAUCAAGAGUCUAAAGGCCGAACAAGAGCAGCUUAUCUUGAGAAACGCUCAACUAGAAAAAGAGAUUGUAGGCAAAGAACGCAUUGCCACUGACAGCCUACCAAGGACGGUAGAACAGACCAAAAUCGCCAAAGAGGCAAAGAAGGAAGUGGCUAGUUAUAAAGGCCACGCUAUAGCCCAGACGAAAUUACCGCUAGAAAGUCUUUCAAAGACCAGCCUAGAACUCAGUAGGACGAUAGUUACAGGUGUCCUCCGCUUGUUGAAGGAUCGUAACAAUCUAGACAAGGCAACACCAGCGGAUGAAGAGAUAAAACAAUAUCUCAUGGAGCAACAGCAAGCAAUAGUUGACCACGCUUCAGCAGUACAAUCGAACUUGGUCAAAGUGUCAGAUGUGAUCAAAGCUAUCUACAAUCGACUACUGGAGGAAAUAGUGGCAAUAAAUGUGGAUGAUUUUAUUCAAUAUGUCCAUAGUCUAUACAACACGCUGGAAGAAAGCAGCUAG